AUGUUCUUUGUUACUCUGAUUCUUCUACGAUCAAUUUAUAUACAAGCAGCACCUGUUUACACGUACGAUCCGAACAAAGGGCAUCCACCAAUGUACACGCAAGCAGAUCCGCAGACAGGAUGCUACUACACUAAUACACAGAAUGGUCUCGUGCAGGUGUGUCCCAGGCCGGCAAACCAGCAGCCCACUACGUUACCAACACGAGAAGUAAUAGCAUCAUUUCCUGUGAUGAAGAGCGUUGUAAAGACAACUUCUAGGGUUGUAUCUCCCAAGGAAUCUCCCAUAGACUCGCUGAUGCAGAGCAAUCCGGAACUGGGCGACCAAAUCAAGAGGAUAUUCGAGUACCAGGGCAUUGCCGAGCCGUGGGACAGAAUAAAGGACUUCUUUGAUAACAGACAGCGUCUAAUGCCAGACCCGUGCAUGCUGUACAAGACGAUGCGCGACAUUCUGAAAGUGUUUGAAAGCCUGAAAGAAAUGAUCUCUGACGAGCUCAGGAAGAUACAGGUAUAUGUGGAACGAGCCAAGAUGUACUUGAAGGAAGAUCAUGUAAAACUAAAGGAUCUGCUUUCCAGGAUGUCUUUAGAUCUUGUGAAGAUGAAGUCUACGAAGGAUAAGAAGAACCAAAACGACUACGCCAAUAAUUUUAAUAAGAUAAAUGCUGAGACACAGCAGGUGAUCACGUCGUAUAAUCGGUUGAAAGAGUGGUUGUUCAAGACACUGACAUAUUUCAAACAGCUCUUUUAA